AUGAGCAAACCACUCGCCCCCGUCAGAGACUUGGACCACCUGGUGCUUACCUGUGCUGACGUCCAAGCAACAAUCGUCUUCUACACCAAAUAUCUCGGCAUGACCCUCGAGACAUUCACGUCUGAAGCGACGCCCUCUGUUCAGCGGAAUGCGCUGAAGUUUGGCACGCACAAGAUCAAUCUGCAUCAGCGGGGGAGGGAAUUCGAACCCAAGGCGCUGACCGCACUGCCCGGGACGGCUGACUUGUGUUUCCUGGUGGAUGAUGGGGUUGAUUUGGAGGAUGUGCUGAGGGGGUUUGAGGGUGAUGGCGUAGAGGUACUUGAGGGGGGAAAGGUGGUGGGCAGGACGGGAGCAAUGGGCAAGAUGAAAAGUUUGUAUGUCAGGGAUCCGGAUGGGAAUCUGAUUGAGUGA